AUGGCCAUUACACCCUCCCCGUUCCUUGAUCCAGGAACUUGUGCGACAGCAAACAACCUCGGUGUCAUCCAAUUGCGUCGCGACCAUCUCAUUCCUGCAGUCUUGACACCAGAAGCCGAUUCAGACUACCCUGAAGGCAGGGUCGAGAACACGCGAUUUGGCUCUUUUCCUCACAGCACACUCGUCGGCCAGCCAUGGGGUACGCAAAUUCUUGCGUCAAAGGUCGAUACUGGAUCGCGCGGCAAAAACAAAAAGCGCAAGAGGGACGCUAAGGAUGAAGGCGAAGGAAAGCCCGUCGCUGAGCAGGAGGUCGAGAAGAGGGACAUUGUGAAGGCUGCGGCGGCAAGUAGUGGAUUUGCGCAUCUUAUUCCGCCUACGCCAGAGACCUGGACAAUAUCGCUACCGCACCGAACCCAAGUGGUGUACACGCCCGAUUACAGCUACAUCCUGCAAAGACUGCGCGCAAGGCCGGGCGACCAUAUCAUUGAAGCUGGCGCAGGAAGUGGAAGCUUUACGCACGCAGCGAUAAGAGCAGUCUAUAAUGGCUACCCUGGGAUGCAAGACAUUGCGACUGAGACUGAGACAAAUGGGCAUGAGGAAAAUGCAGUAGGCAUUUCUAAGAAGAGGAAGCGCAAGACGAGGACUGGCGGCGUAUACAGCUUUGAAUACCACGAACCACGCGCCGACCAAUUGAAGGUUGAGAUCAAAGAUCAUGGCCUGGAUCAGCUGGUUACAGUAACGCAUCGCGACGUAUACAACGGCGGCUUUGGCUUAGACGAUGCGGCCGGCCCAGAUGCCGACUGCAUAUUCCUCGAUCUACCAGCACCAUGGCACGCUCUCAAACACCUUACACGUUCACCUCCUUCCUCCGCGGCAUUGAAGUCUGUCGCUUCAGAUCCAUCCAUUCCAGCUCCUUCAGACGACCCUACAUUUCCUACAGCCGAAGCGCAACCGACCACCGCAUCCUCGAAACCCUUCCGUAGCCCCCUUAACCCGCGCAAUGCUGUCCGCAUCUGCACGUUCUCCCCUUGCAUCGAGCAAGUCACAAAGACGGUCUCUGCCCUCCGCACCCUCGGCUGGGUAGAAAUAGAUAUGGUGGAGAUCCAGGCGAAGCGCCUCGACGUACGUCGGGAGCGCGUGGGUCUCCAAGAAGAAGGCGUCCGCGGCGGCAACGCACAUCCAGCGAAUGUUCAGGAAGCAGUACAAAGACUGAGGGAUGUAGAAGGCCGAGCAGCUGUGUUUCACAGCAUGCAGCGCGAGAAGCAGGAAGAGGUUAUGCGCAAAGCCGAGGCAAGGAAACGGGGUGAGGCUGUGGGCGAGGGCGGUGAGGCAGGUAAGGGCAAGAAGAAGAAGAUGGAGGGUGUGCCGCCAAGCAAGCAUGAUAGGCUUGCGCAGACGAAGAAGGAGUUGGAGAAUCGGACGCUGUUCAAGGAGGGUAGGUUGGUGCAUAGAACGGAGCCGGAGCUUAAGACGCAUACUUCGUACCUUGUCUUUGCGGUAUUGCCGCGAGAGUGGACCAAAGAGGACGAGGAGAAGGCGAAGAGGAAGUGGGGUUGA